CCCCACCCUAACCUCCUCUCGACCGAACCCCACUUGCUUAACCAAUACUUAAACCGCUAGUUCGCUCCGCCGCGGACUAUUCACGCAGCAUCGACCGUUGGACCCACAUUUCUGUAUAUGUGUCUGCGCGCGAAUGUGUGCACACGCUCGCACACCGACACACUCGUAUCACAACACACGCAUAUAUACAUACAAGCACGCGCGUACACACACACACACACACACACACACACACAAAACCACAAGCAUCUUAUACACAGUCACACGCGUGUGUCGUUGCGAGAACGCGUGUACCCGCACAAAAACACGCAAAACACACAAAAAACGCGAACUGUGAGCAAGUGUUAGCUACCCGGACGAUCGCCAGGCGUGUGAAUAACGUGUGACAUUCAAAUGGUAGGAAGCUUGUGAACAGCGAAAAAUAGGCUGCUAGUGAACAAAGUGCCAAGUUCAGGCUUCAUCCCCGAUUCUUUUGAAUCGAAGCCAGACGAGGAUAAUCGAUAAGCUACUUGAAGGAUAAGGGCUUUAUUGUUCGAAUCGAUCGGCUAGGUGCAACUUGGUACAUCGAUCUGCUUUUCAAGAGACUCUGCGUCUCGUAAGAAGAGUUAGAAAUUGCUCGAUAUCGAGGUCGAUACACAGAAGUGGAGUCUCGAGUGAAGCGAGGUGGCUACAAUUUAAUUUGCAAACGCGGCGUCGCUCUCGUCGGUGAACAGAAAUGGCGUCGGCGGCAGCAGAAUUGGUCGUGGAGCGGGAGCCGGAACCGAGAAUCGAGAUGACGGACACGAAUCGGACGUUCGUAGGUGCCCAGGGCCUGGUCAGAAUGGCCCUUGACCAAUACACAGAAAUCCUUACGACGGUCUCGGAUCCUCGAGUCAGCGACUGGCCGUUAAUGGAUUCGCCGAUACCAACAUUUUUAAUCGUCCUUCUUUAUUUAUAUGGAGUAGCGAUAUUCGGUCCACGGGUGAUGGCUAACAAGAAACCGUUCAAACUCAGAGGAACUUUGGUAGCGUACAACGCGUUUCAAGUAGUCUUCUCGUUAGGCAUGCUGUAUGAGCACCUGAUGUCUGGUUGGUUGUUAGACUACAGUUACAAGUGUCAACCAGUGGACUACUCCCACAAUCCGUCCGCGCUGCGAAUGGCGAAUCUAUGUUGGUGGUAUUUCAUCAGCAAAUUCACAGAAUUCGCUGACACGAUAUUUUUCGUUCUGCGAAAGAAAGAUAGUCAAGUGACGUUCUUACACCUGUACCAUCACUCUUUAACACCUUUGGAGACAUGGAUCUGUGUGAAAUUCAUUGCUGGAGGACAUGGUACUUUGGGAAACCUUAUAAAUAACGCGGUACAUGUAAUAAUGUACAUGUACUAUAUGGUGUCUGCAAUGGGACCGGAAUACCACAAAUAUUUAUGGUGGAAAAAGCACCUCACUACCGUGCAGUUGGUACAAUUCUUCUUAGUGUUCGUGCACAGCGCUCAAGCUUUGGUCUUCGAUUGCGGCUAUCCUAAGCUGGUGGCGGCGCUUCUUUUGCUUCAUUCGACGAUCUUCUUCGUCCUCUUCUCCGACUUUUACCGACAAGCAUAUAAUAAGGACAGACCGAAGAAGGAGCUAAAGGACGAAUAAAUGAAGGACAUUAUCGCGCUUUAUCCCAAAUUUGCCUCCGAUACGCUCCAACGUGUUGACCUCUCGGUCGCGCAUGCACGAUCAAAAAUCACGAGUCAGUUAAAAAAGAGGAAAGAAGCAUUUGCAAAAUUGUAUUACACCAUCGUAUAGUGAAAGUCGUUCUCGUAUACUAGUAGAACCGUAUAAGGUUAGUGUCAUGUUAGUAAAUUGUAUGAUACAAAUUACAUAGAAAGAAUUUAAUUAGAUUCGUGAGUUCGAUCGUCUGUUCAUCUGAUCGUUGGAGUGGAGCUUACAGCUUGCUUCCGUAUGGAAGAGGAGUUUACUCGUUAUUCCUUGUAUCAUCUGCAGGGCAUCUCAGGUCUCGCGAACAGCUCGGACCAGGGCUUCCGAAGCACUCGUUACUUAAAAAACCGACCGAGUAUUUGAGUUACCCGGACACGGGUAACGUUAUCGUUAAAAUUGACGUCUUUGUUAGAACGAACCAAGAAUCUUCGGUAAAAGCAAUCGAGAUCGCUGCGUUCAACUAAGUUUAUGUUCGCGCGAAAAAGUGCAUCGAAAACCCAGAAUCGACGUAACUUGAUACAUCGAUCGGUCCUUGGUGUCGUUAAUUUAGUGCUUCUUUUUUACCGUAUGUGUACAUGUCGCCGGAUCUGUAAUUAAGAUUACUGUAAAUAAUAGGAUUAGUCCUAGUAAGCGCCACAAGGUAUUACCCUCGCGGAUUUAUUUAAUUUACUGCCUGUUUUGAGUUAGUUACGCGAUAUAAUUGUCGAUUUUUAUAAUUAUCAAAGAAAAAAAAAGAAUGAUCCCUUUAAAUGGAAAAUGAACGUGUAAUUUAAUGAAUUUCCCGCGUAAUUUCGAUGGCUUAUCUCACGAAUGUCCAAGCUCAAUUUUUUGUUUACAUUUAUUUAUAUCUUUAUUAUUAUUAUUAUUAUAUACGUACAUUCGAGUGUUAAAAAGUAACCCCAUAAACGAUAAAUCAUAAGUAAAUAUGCUCACAUCGUUGUAUAUGAGAACAAUAUAAAAAUACAACAAUGAAAUUUACGACAGCGAAACAAGAACAUUAGCGUCCUAUCGCUGAAGCAGAGACACACAUACAUAAGCACACAUGUACAUGUACACACACCGAAUAUAUUUCUAAAAAUGAAAUUUUUCUCACUAAUUAACAAGCUGUGAACUGAUAAACUUAUGAGAUCAAAUUCCGUAAUCAAGUUUUACUCCCAUACAUGAACUCAAGAGACAAACUCUCGUAUAUUUCAAUACCACGAUAGUAAACACAAGAUUUACGUUGUCAAGAAAAAACAAUUAUCACCAAACAACAACAAUAAUAUCCAAUUUGUAAUUGAUUUUAACUUAUCCAAAACAUGAAACAAAGCUAUUGACAAACAUGGAUGAACAACGUUUGAGAAUGAAAAAAUAGAGAGAAUGUGUUCGCAAUUCGUUGCUCGCCGAAGAUUCUCGGACCUAUGUACUCGCUGGGGUUACGUGUCACUCGAUUUACUUUUUUAUAGGAGAAGACAAUGAAAUAACGGAACGUUAACGAUAAGGAACAACCUCCGUUGCAAGCAUGUGCGAAACUUUGCUCGGAAGCCAGCAGAGUACAAGCACUUUCUACCUUAUCGAUUCUUCCAUUACACCCCUUCCAGAGGAAUGAGCAGAGAUGCUCAUCCUGUUGCUACGAGUGGAAAAAACAAAUCUGCUAAAGCUCUUACAGUUAAUAAUACGGUAAUUCGUUUAAGAAUUUAUCAUUGAACCUCAUCCUAAAGUUGUAAUUUAUUUACGGUGUGCCACGCGUGAUGGAACCCUUCUGUAAAUAUGUAAUUCUUUUAUUUCUUUUGUAAUAUGACGAAUAAAUGUUAAUAAAUUA